UAAAACUUACACCCGAGUCUCGCCGUAGACACGUGUGUAAUUUCAAGGCGUUGCCAAGUCGAGUCAUUUGGACACGGCUAUAGCCUGGUACAGUAUACUGUGUAUACCCCAAAAUAAAUGUACGAUUUCAAGUAGCGCUGCAGCGUGGAGCCAUCAUCUUCCCGAUGGUUCUGUACCGACGUGCUCCUUAUCAUCGCUGGAUCGUGGCCGGUGCUGACGGUGCUACUGGACGGCAUCCUGGACCGUCGUGGCCCCGGCCUGAUGUGGCUGACUUUCUGGGAUUCAACCUACCCAACCGUGUGGUUGCGAAGGCCGAUUUCUAAAGUUGGCCGAGAAUUUCUGAUGUGGUUAAAUAACACCGGUUUGGAAUUCCAAGCGGAUUCGUCCAAGCGAACGCUGAUGGAACCAUGUUCUUGGAACGAGGCCAACGAGGGAUCGUUCCCUGUCCUCUCGUCAUAUCUCGCCAAAUCUCGCCGGGUGACGUCGACGCAAUGUACUGGUACUAUGGCUCAACGAGCGGCACAUCCCUGCUCAUCUCGUACUUCUUGGGAUGGGUGGCUCCCCAAAACGGGAUCCCAGAGGGCGUCUAUGAUAUCGACAAUGAGUUCAAUCUCAUCAUUGAGAACGUCACCGCCUCCUGUGAGGGAACCUACUACUUUCAGUUGAAACCGCGUUUGAAAAUAAUAGAAGAGGGACAGGUUGAAGUUCGUAAUAAAGUCUCCCCAAGUCGUCCAUAUCCUACCGUCAUCGGCUGCAAUCAAGACCACGACGCAAACACGUGCGAGGUGAGAGUACGACACGACAGCACGGUGCAUAACCUGACCUGCGUCAUGGAGCAGGUCAAACCUGCCGUGGAAUUGAGGUGGAUCCGUCUGUUUUUGGGCGGGAAGACGGAACUGAACGCCUACAGAACAGUCAGGCCUGUAGUUCUACCGGCCUACACGAUAUCAGGUUCGUCGUUGAGGAACAACACCUAUUCAACUUCAGCAUCAAUCCAAGUUCCUUCGGUAGACGAUGAUGCGGAAUAUGUGUGUGAGGCAGUGGGUGUUGCUGUGGGGAAUAGUACGCGCACGAGGGUUCGCCUUACUAAAACUCACCCCACACCGGCAGCUCAUGGCACAACGGCAACUCGUGACACCAUGGCCACUCAUGACACGACGGAAUCUCAUGACACGACGGCAACUCGUGACACGACGGCAACUCAUGAUAAAACAGGCACAACUUCGGCUUUGGAUGGGGAAGUAGUGAGAACAGACUACUCCAUUGGAACCCAGACAACUGUCUUCAUGAUUGCGCCGAUGGUGAUAUCCUCAAUGUCACUCCUGUGUAGUGCUGUCUGCAUGUCAUGUGUUUGCAUGUUAUUCCGAAGACAGAAGGAUACGGCAAAGCCGAUGCCAAACGUUAAGUAUGAUAUCUCCAGAGCGUCUUAAGCUGAAUCCGUUUAAUAUAUUCUGAAUCAUCUUCAGACUAAGUAUAUGGAUAACAAUACAAGGAUUUCUGUGUGAUAAGAAACAAAAGAGUAAUCGUUUAUUUUUCUGUGAAGAAUAUGUUGUUUUCAUGCUAUUUAGUCAUUGUGGUUUUAAAGAAGCCACAUGUGAAAAACUCAGAGGCUGACUAACAACUGUAAAUAUUUUGCUAAACUGUAAAUAUUUUUGCUAAACUGUAAAUAUUUUUGCUUCUGACGUAUGAGUCAGUUGUUAAAAUAGCUACGGGAAGCGUCAUAUGUUUACACAUACAAGAGUAUGGAUGAGAGGUAACUGAAGGGAUUUCUGUGAUAAGAUACAUAGCGACUCAUCAUGUGUUCUAAUGUGGAAUUAUAGGUUUUUCCAUUUGCCAAAUAAGCUUGAUAUUACUUUUUACUUUAAAUAUUUUUCUAUGUGGAAAGUUCAAUCACUGCGCAGUGCUUUCAUGAAAGCAAACUAUGCAAGUCUGAGUUCAUUUUUCGUAGAAUUUUCCUACCUCCAUGCUCCAUGCUUUAUAUAAGGAUUUUUCUAUAGAUUUUGUAUGAUUAUGAUUUUUUUUUACUUUUUGUACUCUUGUUUGUAAUUCUUUUUACAGAUAAGCUAGAUUGUAAUAAACGUUAACAAAUGUGGUUAUUUCUUUUACUAUAAAAGUGAACAAAUUAGUGUUCUUUUUAGACUUUUGUUGUAAAACGCUGGCGUCUUCAUGUGACAUUCAAAUCGCUUUUUGCUUUUUGCUUUCCAGCCAAGACAUGAUUUUUUUUGUAAUAGAAUAUAAGAUCGACAGAUUAAUCCUGUACUCUGUGGUAAACUGGGUUAGAAUGCAAAGAAAAGGUUGUUGUUUUCCAUGUGGUUAAUCAACUGCUGGUGCAAAUCGCAUGUGACUUUGAAAUAUUCGCACGUUGUUUGUGUUAAAAUUGAAAUGCCUCACAAUAACUAAACAGACGAUUUCACGGUUUCCAACCCAAAAAAAAAGAAUUUUCAAUUUCUUAAUAUUUGCAAAAACGGCGUGUUCUUUGUUUUGUACACAAUUCAAAAAAAUAAAUGUAUUCUUUUUGUGUCGGCAAGCUUGAAUACAAAUAAGCCUAUAA